CUCAAUCAGCCCGGCACGCUGCACUGGUAGGUCUUCUUCAAAUUCGCAACUGCCCCUCGAGGGAGGAAAGAAAAGGGAGGGAAGACCCCACGGACACACAGCGAAACCACCAGAGAAGCACGCGCUUCACGCCGCGGGCACGCGCAAAGCGAGACUACCUGGAGAUGCCACUCCACUUGGCCGCGGGCCGCCGCCUCCUCCUGCUCCUCGCCGCGGUCGCCACCUCGGCGGCGGCGGCGGGGGCUGCGGCCGAGGCCAACCGCUCCUCGAGUUGCACCCUGCUCCCUGACGCGGAAUUCGUCCGCGCGGCGUUCUUGAACGUCUCCAACUUCCAACCGCCGUUGCCCGGCCACCGCGCGUGCCGCCCGGUCCGGCGGCUCCACUUCCCGUCGCGCAACCUCACGGGUCCCGUGGACUGGGCCGAGCUGGGCAACCUGUCCAGCCUCCUCACCGUCGACCUCUCCGGCAACUCCCUCCAGGGCGGCAUCGACGCCUCGUUCUGGCGCGCGCCGUCGCUCCGGGCCGUGGAUGUCUCCCGAAACAACCUCAACGGCGUGCUCCGGUUCGACGACGUCCCGAGCGUGCGCCUGGCGGCGCUGAACGUGUCGGGAAACCAGUUCACCUCCGUCGUCGGCCUGGCCGGGCUCACCGGCCUGGAGUUUCUCGACGUAUCGAGGAACAGAGUCGGCGCAGCGCCGGAGGGGCUGCAGAAUCUGACGAAGGUGCGGUGGCUCGACUUGUCUUGUAACGGGAUGGCCGGGAGGUUCCCCGACGACCUGCCGCCGCUCGACGGCCUCGUGUCCGUGAACAUCUCGCACAACAACUUCUCCGGUACCGUGCCCGCCGCCGCCGUUCGGAGGUUCGGCCAAUCCGCCUUCUUCCAGGCCGGCAACGCGUUGCAAGUGAUCGAAGACGGCGCUCCGAGCGGCGGAAAGAAGCGCAAUCGUGCGGUCGUCAUCGCGCUAAUCUCAGCGGGCGCAGUGGUGACCGCGGCCGCGCUGGCGUUCGUGGCCGCGUGCGUGGCGCGCGGCCUGGCGCGUCGCCGGAAGAAGAAGAAGAAGAGGAAGGAUAAGGACGGGAAGGCGGCGGUGUGGGAGGACGAAGAGGUGGUCGUGGGGGCGGUGAAGGUGGCCGCCGCGGCGCCGGUGGUGGUGAUCGAGCGGCCGCUGAUGGAGCUGACGCUGGCCGACCUGGCCGCGGCCACGUCGGGGUUCGGGCGCGAGUCGCAGCUCGCGGAGACGGGCGGCCGCAGCGGCGCGGCGUACCGCGCCGUGCUCCCUGGGGACCUGCACGUCGUCGUGCGUGUCGUGGAGGGCCCCGUGGCCGGAGUUGGGGAAGAUGACGACGAGGCCGCCACGGCCGCUGGGUUCCGGGAGCUUGCUCGGCUCAGGCAUCCGAACAUUCUCCCGCUCCUUGGUUACUGCAUUGCAGGAAAACAAAAACUUCUCCUCUUCGAGUACAUGGAGAAAGGCGACCUCCACCGGUGGCUCCACGAGCUGCCGGUGGGCAGCAUGGACACCGAGGACAUCGGCAUCGAUACCAUGGAAGCCCUCGAGGAAAGGAAGCCCGCCGGCGACUGGCCCACCCGGUACCGCAUCAUACUCGGGAUCGCCCGGGGGCUGGCGUUCCUGCACCAGGGGUGGGCGGGGUCCGGCCGGCCCAUCGUGCACGGCCGCCUGGUCCCGACCAACAUCCUCCUUGGCGACGACAUGGAGCCCCGGAUCUCCGACUUCCUGCACCCCAGCGACGAGACGCCGGAGGGCGACGUCUACCGGUUCGGGACCCUGGUGUUCGAGCUCGUGACGGGGCAGGCUAGGUGGAACGACGCGUCCACGAGCUGGGCGCGGGGCGUGAUCCGGAACCGGAAGGGCCUCAACCUCGUGGACGACAGGCUGCUGCGGGGCGACGCGGCGGGGGCGCCGGAGGCGGAGAAGGAGAUGGCCGAGUGCCUGCAGGUGGGGUUCCUCUGCACCGCGGGCGCGACGGAGAAGAGACCCACCAUGCAGCAGGUGGUGGGCCUGCUCAAGGACAUCAGGCCGCCGGCGGCGCCCGCCGGCGAGCCGCCGGUCGCUAGCCUCAUGAUGCAAUGACGGACGAGCCAUGAGAGCAAGCAGCAGGUGGCAUGCUUUCCGCACGGCAACGCCCAAAUCCAAGAAGAUUCGUGGUGAUUCUUUUGGGGGCAGUAAAAAUACUGGAAUGCCUCUGCUUUUGGAGCUCCCUUUCGUUGGGUCGUGCGGUUUCUGUCUUGUUUUUGUUGAAGGUAGGAUGACACUUUCUUGGUUGGUACAACAACUUUGUUGCGGCAGCUGGGGGUGCUGGAGUGCUCGUGAGCUCGUCAUUAUGCACGAGGUGCCUGGAGUGGGAGUUCGUUUUGAUUGCACGCACCAACAUAUGCUCCUGACACACCCUGAGCUUUGUACUGACCAGAAUGGAGAGCGCCUAAUGUCAUGCCAGGACAUGUUUAUGUCGGAACAAGGUACGCAGUACCAUUUUUGUACCGGCAGUAGUAGUUUGUAAACCUAAUGAAAUGGGAUAGAAACAGCAUUGCUGCGCUUUUUUUCUUGAGACAAA